CUUAGCCUGCUUGCUCCAAUAGGUUUGUCCAGAGCCAGAUGUUAAAGGCAAGAGCGAGAAGAUGUUCGGGAUCAGUGAGUUUUUAGUGGCUCUAGUUGCAUUUCUCUUGAUUGUGCAGUUUCUGAAACUGCAAUGGGCAGGGAGGCAGCUUCCCCCUGGACCAACUCCCCUCCCCUUCAUUGGGAACUUGUGGUUGUUGGGAUUUAAACUUCAUCCUGAGACUCUGGAGAAGCUGGCACAGAUUCAUGGGAAUAUUUUCACCCUGUGGCUGGGACAGAGCCCCGUGAUUGUACUGCAUGGAUUCCAAGCAGUGAAGGACGGUCUGACCAACAACCCAGAAGAUGUUUCCGGUCGGCCAACAACACCUUUCUUCAACGAAAAGGCCAGUGACAAGGGUAUUAUUCUGACGAGCGGUCACACCUGGAAGCAACAGAGACGUUUUGGGCUGAUGACCCUGCGGAACUUGGGGAUGGGCAAGAAAGGCCUGGAGCAGCUAAUCCAAGAGGAGGCCCGUUACCUGGUGGAGUACUUAACGAGUGAGAGAGGACAGCCCUUGGACCCUAGUGUCUCCUUCAGCCAAGCCUUCUCCAACGUCAUUUGUGCUGUGGUUUUGGGACAUCGCUUCUCCACUGAUGAUGAGACCUUGCAGCAGUUGCUUGAAGCCAAUGACUGUUUGCUCAAAUCCGGGGGCUCCCUCAGCGAGAGACUGUACAAUACUUUCCCUUGGCUCAUGGACCACCUUCCAGGGCCUCACAAGAAGAUGGUGUCAUCCCACGAGUUUAUGUAUCGUUUUGCAAAGGAAGAGAUCAGGUGCCACAGAGAGAGAGGGGUACCAGAUGAGCCGCAGGACUUCAUUGACUUCUACCUGGCCCAGAUGGUCAAAUGCAGAGAUGACCCCACCUCGACGUUUGACGAAGACAGCCUGAUUCACACCAUCUUGGACCUCUUCAUAGCUGGUACAGAGAGCACCGCCACGACCCUGCGCUGGGCACUGAUCAGCCUGGUCCUCCAUCCCGAUGUCCAAGAGAAAGUCCAGAAGGAGCUGGAUGCUGUGCUGGGUGGCCCAUUGCAGUUAACAGCAUUGAAAGAAUCCAUAAACCUGGACACCCCAGACGUCCCGUCAUCUCUGGGCACCGUCAUCUUGCCAAAUAUUUGUUCUGUCUUGGCUGAUCCUGAGCAGUGGGAGACGCCUCGUCAGUUCAACCCAGCUCACUUCUUGGACAAGGAGGGAAACUUCAUGAGCAGAGAUGCUUUCUUACCGUUCUCAGCGGGGCACCGUGUGUGUUUGGGGGAGCGCCUGGCACGGACUGAGCUCUUCAUCUUCUUCACCAACCUGCUACGGGCCUUCACGUUCAGCCUGCCGGAGGGAGUGACUGAAAUUAACACAGAGCGGAUUUUGGGUGGCCUAUUGCAGCCUCACCACUAUAAGAUCUGUGCUAUUCCUCGCUAGGUGGCAGGAAAGCCGAUAGCCGGGGUGUCUCUUGUAGUGAAUAAACAAACGACAAAA